CUGGAGAGCGCUGGAUGGUCCCAGGUCUGAAGAAAUAUUUCUGUGACGUCUCUCUGGAUCCAAACACUGCCAACAACACACUGAAGCUGUCUGUGGACAAAAGGACAGUGACCAGUGUGGAGGAGCUCCAGCUGUAUCCCUCUCACCAGGACAGGUUCAGCUCCUGUGCCCAGGUCCUGAGCUCCACUGCUCUGACUGGGCGCUGUUACUGGGAGGUGGAGACGACAGGGGAUGUAGAUAUAGCAGUGAGUUACAGAGGAAUCAGACGGAGAGGAGAAGCAGAGGACUGUAGGUUUGGAGACAAUGAUCAGUCCUGGAGUCUGAGGAGAAAUGACAGAGGAUUUUGCUCUUUUAUCAUUGUAAAAGGGAAACAUACUCUGGCCACAGGACAGGUAGAGUAGGUGUGUUUCUGGACUCUGAGGCUGGAGUUCUGUCCUUCUAUAAUGCUGGUUAUUAUGAUGAUGAUGGUUCCCUGUUACACAUCCACACCUUCAGCUGCACCUUCUCAGAGCCUCUGUUUGUUGGCUUUGGUCUGGGGCGUCCUGGUUCCUCUGUGUCUCUGGUGAAGUGGGACAAUAUGAAAAUCCCUCCCACUCCUCCUAUUGGUCAGCCUCUGUAAGGCUCUGAGUGAGUGACAGGUAGAUUUAACCAAUCACAGAAGCUGCAGUUUGCUUUAAUCAUCUCCUUAAACGAUUCCAGGUACAUGUGAUUAAAUAGAAAUUGUCUCCAGAAACAUGUGACCUCCCUCAGACCAGAAGACUGUGGGUCAUUAUUUCUCUUCGAUUAUAAAGGACAAUUUGCACAAAUCACUGAAUACUCAAAGACAAAGACAUCAAGGAUUACAUUCAACAGGGCACAAAAAUGUCUUCUAUAAAUCACAUGUACUUUUAGACUUAAGUUGUGUUUUACUUUUUGUGUACUUACCAAACAAAAACACUAAAAAUGUCCUGUGGUGUGACGGUGAAACUAAACGGUUAUAAAUGCAUAAUGAUAACUCUACAUUCUUUACUUCAACUCUCUGCUACAAAGUUACACCAAAACCUGAAAAAGCUCAUCUUUCAUUUAUUUAUUUUCAUUUAUGUUUCAUUGUUGCUGCUGAAAAUUUUUUUUCGUGAUAAAUAAAGUGUCUAUCGAUCUUAUGCAGCAGAAAGAGCUCUGAGGUUAAAGGUCAUAAGAUUCAUUUCUUAUUUUCUAAAAUCCAACUUUUCUGAAAAACUUUGUGUACAGGUUUGAUGUCCAGCGGUCUGACAGCUGUAAAUAAAAUAAUGAAAUAAAAUGUCAAACGUUAAGUAUCCAUAAAUGUUUCACCAAAAAUGGUCUUUUUCUGUUAUAUUUGUUGUAUGAUUUCACACAGGUUGCUGUUGUUUCUUUCUGAAGCAGAUGCUCCUGUGUGUUUCUGUCCAAGGAUUUCAGAGGGAUGAAAAAUUAGGGCCAUUGCCAUAGCAACUAAUCAUUCAAAUAUUGUAUCUUUGGAAUGGUCCACAACAUGUGAUGAAGAGGAAGCUGAAACUGGUAGAUCGUGAACUGGAGUUGUUCAAGAGUCAAAUCCCUUCAGUGUAAAACUAUCUACAUGUGCAUUUCUCAGACGUACAAAUGUACAAAGGUCUUCUUGGUGAGCAUAAAGGUCAAAUGAUUUUGUCACAAAACCUUCCAAAAGUUGUAGGAGUCUUGUCAUUAUAUUUGGUGUCAUUCUACUGUGGUCUUAAUAAAUCCUUUUAUUUGA